UGGUUGCGGAGCGCUGCAACUUUUUCCAACAGCAACAUUGUUUGUACUUACCAAAACAUCGUAGCCCGCAACACCCGCCCAAGGCUACGCGUUUACAUUGCAUUGCACCAGCUCUCGUCGCAGAGAUACAAUCUUGCACAAUUCGUCUUUUACCUUCUCCAGGUGUACAAUCACAAUCUCUUCUUGGCCCCCCAAAAAUCCGACCUUCGUCAGAAAACUCAUUCAUUCAUCCAUCCAGUCGGCCGCCGUCUUGUGUUGGCAGCGGCCGAAAGCCAUUUUGUCUUGCGUCCUGAACUCUCCAAAACUUUGCCCAUUGGCUUUCCAACGCGUCACCGAACAACUUUUUCACUGUGGAAAAAGCGUUCUCCAAUUCAAUUCUCCCUGCAUCCGUGGCGAGUAUUUGCUCGACUGCACUAGCUCUAUCGUUCCGUUCCCUUGUGUAUACCCCAAUGCCCGCUUCCCUAAAGUCUGUUCUUGAUUUGGAGAAGGAAUUUCCGUGUCACUCUCUCCAUGCAUGACUCCACCGCGUCUUCUGGCAGUUCUCUUGGCCCGGAAGGGUUUGCAACGUCCGCAGCUCGCGAUGCACCAACGACAGUAACUGCAAGCCCUGAAAAAAUCAGCCUGGAUUCCGAUGAUACCGACGAGAUGGGCAGCAAUAGUUCCAUCUACAGGGACGGCCCAGAUAGCACAGCGACGGAUGCUUCCUUUCACUCAAAAUCUGACCACAGCAUUCCCGAAAGCCUGUCAGCCGCCUCAGACGAACGAACCAGCGAGCCUCACCGACAACUCGACAACCCUCAAGAUCCACAGGAACAGCCUUCUCGCAAACGAAAAACGGACGAUCGACAGGGAGAUGGCGAACCAAAGCCAGAUGAUAAAGCUGGGGCAGAGACCGCCGCGGAAAGGUCCAAAAAGGUGAAGCUGGAUUCCAUUACAGGAAUGCCUGUUCCUGCAGUGAAGCAAACACUUCCACUGGACCGCUCUCUUCUACCUGUCGAGAUAUGGCAUUAUAUCUUCACAUUUUGUCCCCCAAAAACUCUUGGAAACCUCAUGGGUGUCAACAAGUUGUUCCACUCAUAUCUUGAUCCUUCUUUGUGCACCCCCUCAAUAUCUCGGGAGUCGCCCACGACCCCGGGUCCCGCCGUCGUCUUGAAGCCAGACUCGUUAUGGAAGGCUUCAAGGCGCGCAUUUUGGCCCUGCAUGCCUGCUCCUCUCAAGUCUAUGUCUGAACUUGACAUGUGGAAACUGGCAUGUUCUUCAGCUUGCCAUCACUGUGGCAAGCGUGCCGGCGAUGCUGAUCAUGCAACCGCAGAGUCUUCCCCUGGACCGGGUAUGGACCGCGUCGCCGUCGUGUGGCCGUUUGCAACUCGUACAUGCGGACCCUGUCUCGUUAAAAACUCUGUCAAGGAGAUCGACCUGCUCCUGUCCUCCUCUACUCCAUCGGCUCUUAUGGUUGCGAUUCCGUUUGUAUUGUUGACCGACAGGCUGGAUGCAUACUCAGCCUCCAUGGCCGAGCGUGGCCAGCUACCAAAAGAAGCACAAUACACAAAGCUCUUUUGGAAAGAAUGUGUGGAUCGGCUGAAGAACGAGUUCUUGGAAGUCAAGGCGUUGGGUAUGGCCACGACAGAGGAGUGGCUCAAGGGACUCGAAGGCCGGGGAGUCGAGCUGCAACAGGACUCGUCAAGAUGGGAAAAUUAUGCCAGCUCUGGUGGCAUCGAUAGGCUGCGGUCUAAGCUUUACAUCGGUUAUGAGCUGGAGGCUAUAGAAAACUCGAACACUUCCAUACUCAACCAACCUCAUAUUUCCGGAUCAGCCACCACGCAACCAACCGUCACUUCAGGAGCCAGCACAGCCGUGGCAACGGGCCUUGCGUCUCUGCCCCCUCGCACCAACAUCGGAUCUAAGCAUGAACGAACCCGGGAAGAGGUGGCAGAACUGAAAGCUGCACGGAGAGCUGAGAUAGAGCGACGCGCAGCUUUACUGGAUCCGCCCAUUCAGCCAACCUUGCUGGUUCAUAUACCAUCAUUCCAAGCUGCCACACAGAUCAUCACACCGCUGGAUGACAGCAGCUGGGAGUUGCUCAAACCGCGUCUGCUUGCGCAGAGGGCAGAUGCUGAACAACGCGAGAGGGAGGCUGCCUUACAGGCAACCCUGCAGCAGGAGCUUGCAGAACGCCGUAGGGCUGCAGAUGCCAACAAGGAUGACGAGGUGUCUGAUAGCGACUGGGACGAACUACAAGGACCCCUGCGGGCUCGGAUCUCGCGCUACGCUGACGACUUCAUAGAGAACAAUUGGGACGACGGUGAUAAGGUUUCCAAGGACAUGUGCGGAGAGUUUGCAGCUAGCGUGCUACUUCAUGUCCGGAAGCAGUUUUACGCGGAUGUCGCCAAGGAUGCCGCUGCUGCUAGAGCACUCGGAAAGAAACCGAUCGUUGACCCGCCUAAAGGACCCUUUACUCAGAAAUUGACGCUGGAGAACAUGAAGUGGAUCUUCGACGUCAAGAUCAGACCUCAUACAGAGUCGCUCAGAAAGGAGCUAUUUCUGUGCAACGGCUGCGACGCCAACUUCAAAUACUACGGUUUUGAAGGAGUGGUUCAACAUUACGCGGCCAAGCACACUGGUGCACUCAGCCUCGGGAGCAUAGUGGUCUACUGGCGUGCUGAGUGGCCAGAAAUCCCACCUUUCCGCCCGAAUCCGCGUGCAGCUCGGCAAUUGCACAACCAGGCACAGGCGCAAAUCGCCCAGCAGCAAAAGAAUGGCCAAAUGCGUCAUGUCUACCCUCCUUACCAGACUGGUAUUGCUUCAAUUCCUCCACAGCACGGACCGGCGUAUCCCCCUCCUCCUCCGGCUGCCGCACCUUAUGCUGCACCCCCUUAUCCUGAGACCUACCAGGGUGGUGCGCAAGGGCCGUCGUACGUGUCACCGAGCUUUGGUCCAGGCCAGCAGGUUUAUGGUCCUCCGGCCUAUCAGGCACCUCCGAUGCCUUACCAUCCACAGUACCCCGGACCCCCAGUACCUGCCGGCGUCUACCCGCCUUCGGGAUAUGGACCAGCCCCUCCCCCCAUUGCACCCCCUCAACUCACCCCGCAGCUACCUGCAGGAGGAUACAGCCAUAGCCAUGGUCCUUAUCAAAGCAACCCUGGCUAUGGUUACGGCAGUGGCCAGCCAGGACCAGAUCGCUAUCGUGUUCAGCUGGAAGAGAUGGCCAAGCUUUCUCGUGAACUAUGGAAUUCGACUUCGAGUGUCAAAGAUCUCCCUGGGAGUGCUAGAUUGCAGGCUAUCAUCUACCACAUGGCGAAACGGUUCCAUGCUAAAUUCAACGAACCUGCACCGCUCACCAUGUUCAUAGAUGGCCUGUCGGGCAACAAGGACAUGAGACCAGUUCGAAAUGUCAAUGGGCUGCUGUGCAAGCUUUGCCAUACCGGUUACGUCAAUCCGCCGCCAACAGAGCAGGAUCGCAAGUCGUUCUCCAUGCCCCAGCUAGUCAACCACUUCCAGAGCAGGCACGUUGAGCCAGCCAUCGCCAUGGGUGAGCAUGCUCCUGUUCCUGAGUGGACCUCGGACAUGAUACUUCUUCCCGACCUAGCUGGCAUGCAAGCCCUUCGCCGAUCUGCCAGUAGCGACAAACAGAAGGAAAAACUACUGGGCGAAUCGCUUCCUCAGAUAUUCGAGACCCCUGUCCCUCCCAGUAACAAUUCUCAUCUAGCACGGGAAAGCCGCUGGCCGAGUGCCUAUGAACCCGCCAAUUCGCUGCAGGAUGCAUCGCUCGAUAAGCGUGAUGUUUUCUACGACUCGGCGUCUUUGACUACUGAUUCGCGGGCAAUCAAUGGCCAUGCAAACGGAAACAAGUUUGGGGCCAUUGGCGACGGGGCUCCCAAGUCUUCUCAUGGCACUCAAGCGCAACAAGGGCAGGACGGAAGGAACAAGAAAAAGAAACACAGCAGCAAGGGUAACAACAGUGGCUCCGGCACCUACCGGGCAGCGGAUGACUGGGCUCCAAGGCCUGACACAGGCGGACCCAGGGCUUGUGAUCCCAUAUAUGGUGACGAGGACUCACUCCACCAGGGCGACAAAGUUCGUGCCAUGUGGGCACCUGCCAGAGCAAAAUCAGUUUCCCGUGAAAGGCCAGCCCCCAUCGGCUCGGAAGUUGGAAAGGGCACUAUUAGGCCUCGUGGUCACACUCGGCAGAGCAUGUCACUUUCCAGGCCCUCACUGCCUAGCAAGCCUCCCACAAAAGAGUUAAUUCCCAGCCCUAUCUUCCGACAACAGCACCAUCCGCCCACAACGCCCGCGCAUCAAGCACCGAACGCUUUUGAGCGAGAAGGCUCUGACCCGUUGGCGGCAUUGGAGCUCUACCUGGACCAGGAGCGUAAUCGCGCAGCUGCCAACAUGAGGCAGCAGCCCACCACAAAGCCAUAUGUCGAUGAUCCCCGCAGGGACUCAGACACAUUCCCGGGGCCCCAGACACAGUAUCGGCGUUAUAGCAGCGGACGGGCCGAUGAACGACGUCGAUCUCGCUCUCCUGGUCCGAGAUUUGCCAGGUAUUCCGAUGAGGCUCCGCCUGAACAUUACCGGGAACGAAGCCCUCCACCCCCACAUGUAGAACCGGCAUACGGUCAUCGAGCUGUUGUCUCGCAAGACUUGCUACCUUAUGACCGCGUGCCGCCGAUGGCCUCUCGUGACUACUACGGAACCCACGAGGAGGAGCGUCGCUCCCGCCCACCCGUCGAGUACGAAACUUACGAGCUCAUUAGGGCUCGUGACGCUCAGGGAGAAUAUUAUAUAAGACGACCGGUAUUAAGGCGGGGCCCCGAGCCAGGGCUGUACUACGCUGGCACCAACGCUCGCCUACCUGCGGCCGAGAGACCGGUAUAUCCCGAAAGCACCUACCCUACCUAUGAUCAGCCCGCAGGUGCAAAUCAUCCUCCACCGGUGUCUCGUCAAUCGGCGCACCCCAUGUAUGAUUCACGAGCGCCAGCGCCUUUUGUGAGACAGGAGUCAGUUCCUCACUCUCGUCCAGAUACUGGAUUUGCUGAGGAGUAUGACCCCCGUUACCCAUCAGCCCCGCCUCCACCUAUUGGCUCAGGGCGGCCUAGAUAUAUGUGAAGCAUUUCUAUUGUGACGGAAGGAUGUCUUUCCUGUUGCUGAGAUAUUUCUGUGCGAUAUUCUCUGGGCUGCGCAGCGAAUUUAGAGGGAAGGAGAAAAGAUAUUCAUGGACUGCAACAAAUACUUCGGCAGUUGUUAUCAGGAUACCAGUUGAGACAGCAGAGGAACGAUGUACAAUACAGGAGAAAAAAAUGUACUUGUAGCCCAGUAUGGGGGCCAACGAAUCACGUAAUUCAUAACUAUAAUAUAGAAGAUGAAGCAUCGGCGACUGCAGAAGGCAUGACCUCACUACAGAGUAAAUUCACUUGGAGUAUAUACAACUAACUAGGGUAUGCCGCUG